UUUCUGUAAUUCAUAACUUUGAGCUUUUUCGGAUCCAAGGAAACCAAAGGGAGGGAGAAUGGGAAGCUCUAAGACGAUUAUUGCUCACGAAAUUGGAGGAAUUCAAAAUGAUGCUCUUCGUUUUGGAUUACAAGGUGUUAAGAGUGAAAUCGUUGGCUCUCAUCCUCUUCAAUCCGCCCUGGAAUUGUCGAGGAAGGCCCAGUCGGAGAUGAAACGGAAAAUCCUUGCUAACACUUAUGGUUCAGCUUUUACACUGAAGAUAGAUCUGGACAGACAAAUCCUUUCCAGAUUUCAGAGGCCUCCAGGAGCAUUGCCAUCUUCAAUGUUAGGUUUCGAGGCUCUUACUGGAAGCUUGGAUGAUUUUGGUUUUGAAGAUUAUCUAAAUGACCCACGUGACUCGGAAAUUUUCCGGCCAGCAGAUAUGCAUCAUGGAAUGGAAAUUCGCCUUGGCCUCUCCAAAGGACCAGUCUGCCCCAGUUUUAUCUGAUCUUGACUUCUCUGUAGAGACAGAAUCUGCCCUAUCUUUCUUUUUGGUUGUUUUGUUGUGGUGGUGGGUUUUCCCUCACUUUUUUGUGCUUACUUGUCACAUGCUUUAAAAUUUAAAUAUAUAGUGUAAUUGAGCAUA